AACAGGUCACCGGUCACCGGAGCGCCCCGGCCCGUCCCGGCCCGUCCCCGCCCGGCCCGGCCAUGCCGCUGCGGCUGGCGCUCUGCCUGCUGGCGCUCUGCAGCCCCGCCGCCGCUCACGGUGGAAUCUGCUGGCUGCAGCAGGGGAAGGAGGCCAAGUGCACCAUGAUCCUGAAGACGGGCGUGACGUGGGAGGAAUGCUGUGCCAACGGCAACGUGGACGUGGCCUGGUCUAAUUACACCUACCCAGGCAACAAGAUCAGCCUGCUGGGCUUCCUGGGGCUGGUGACCUGCCACCCCUGCAAAGAGAGCUGCGAGGGGGUGGUGUGCGGCCCCGACAAGGUGUGCAAGAUGAAGCACGGCCGUCCCCAGUGCGCCUGUGCCCCCGACUGCUCCAGCCUGCCCCGCAAGCUGCAGGUCUGUGGCUCCGAUGGCUACACCUACCGGGACGAGUGUGACCUGCUGACAGCCAAGUGCAGAGACCACCCCGACCUGGAAGUGAUGUACCAGGGCAAGUGCAAAAAGUCCUGCUCCAGCGUGGUGUGUCCUGGCACACACACCUGCGUGGUGGACCAGACGGGCAGUGCCCACUGCGUGAUGUGCCGGACAGCGCCCUGCCCUGAGCCCACCAGCCUGGACCGCGCCCUGUGCGGCAACAACAACGUCACCUACCCGUCGGCGUGCCACCUGCGGCGUGCCACCUGCCACCGCGGCCGCUCCAUCGGCGUGCGCCACUACGGCAGCUGCUCAGCUGCGGCCAAAUUCUCUGCAGAGACGGACAGCGCGGAGGAGAACUACGUGUGAAUCGUCCCUCGGCCGAGCUGGGAGACAGGGGCAUUAUGUGUAUAUUGUACAAACCAUAUACCUGAUAUUUAUUAAGAUUAAAAAGAUCCUUAUUUAUCCCUGUGUAUGUUAAGCAGUCGCAGGGGGCUCCGUUCCCAUCCCGCCAGCCAGGGAGCAGGGGAGGGGGCUCGAGGUGCCCAGGGAUGCUCUCGUGCCCUCCCCUGCUGCCAGUGCGGUGUGGAGGGGUGUCCAUGGGCCUCCCCCACGUGUCCUUGGCCAGCAGCCCUGGGCCUAUUUAUUUUUGGAUGAAUUCUCGGUACUCUGCUGACGUUUCUGGCCAGGAGCUCGAGGUCUAGAGGGAAUCUGCACUUUCGCCUUCCCUGAGGGGCUCAGCCCCAGCUGCCAGUGGCAGGAAAGGCAGUGCACGCUGCAUCAGA